GAAAUCCAAUACAGGAGUGAUUCAGUAGAACUCCAUUCUACCACUAUGAAGAAAGGUGGUGUUCCUCUUUUGUUGAGUAUCAUCUUCCUGACUCUGAUUGGAGGUCAAGGAGCCCCAACAAUGAGGAAUAGACGCUGUUCCUGCAUCACCACCAGCCAAAGAACAAUCCAGUCAAAAUUCUUAAAGGACCUUAAACAAUUUGCCCCAAGCUCUUAUUGUGAGAAAACUGAAAUCAUUGCAACAAUGAAGAAUGGGGAUCAAACAUGUCUAAACCCAGAUUCAACAGAUGUGAAAGAAUUGAUUCAAGAGUGGGCAAAACAGGUCAGCCAAAAGAAAAAGCAGAAGAAAGGGAAAAGAUAUCAAAAAAGCAAGAAGGUUUUAAAAGUUAAAAAAUCUCAACAUCCUCAUCAAAAGAAGACCACAUAAGCAACCACUUUACCAAAAAGUGCUUUGUGUUAAAAAGGUUCUUUUUAAUUAUACUGAAAUAAUUCCAAAAGGGGAUGGCAUCUUAAUACAUAAGCUUUUUUUUUUUUAACUAGAGAAGUUUAAGCAUUGUUGUGAAAUUGUAAUUAAAGCUAGAAAGUUGCUUUUAAAAUCCAAAUGCUAAGAAUUGUUAAAGGCUAUAGUUUGACUUUCUUCUUCCACCUCUAACCGACUGAAUUUCAUCACGCUGGAGACCACAAUCCUAACACCCACAUCUGACAAAUGCUCACACGAUCACAUCCUAUACACAGUCACAUUCCACACACAACAGCUGGCUGGAAGAGCAGUCCUGUACUUCCCAGGCCACAAAUUCAAGCCUCCAGAGAAUAUUUUGAGGCAUGUGUCAGCAAGCCCCAGCCUGUCCACAUGCUAGGAAGCCAAGCAGUUUGGAAUCGCGCUGGACCUCACCAAGCUGCCAUGGCCAUCCAGCAUCUGUAUUCGAAUCUGCCUACAGACCUCACAGUGUAUCUGAGAGACCCAUGCUGGUUGUUUCUGGGGACCACCAUUGAAGAACACUAGCACUUGGCUUUCAGAACCUUAUAUCCAGUUUUUGAGGACAUGGGACUCCCAUCUUGCCUCUCCAGGCUCGCCAUUGUAUUUCUUAUUGUUCACCUUUGCUUCCAUCAAGCCUGUUCUUCACUGUCUCUGCUACACAGGUCAUGUCCUCAUUCACCUGGGUCCGUCCACUCUUCUUCACUCUUUCCCCAGUACUCCACAGGAAUGCCUUCUUCUCCCAAUUCAUCCUAGUUUGACCCAGUCUUUGGCUCAGUUUAAUCCUGUCUCUUAAAUAAAACCUUCUGGACAUUUGAA